ACUCGCACAGCAAGGGACUCGGUCUGUCAACCGGUGGGAACGACCAACAAGAGCUUGAGAAAAGGAGCUCCUCGUGGAGUGCUCUUCACCAUCGGCCGUUAGCUGGAAGGCAGAGCUAGCUUUUUACAGUGGCGAGUUUUUGCUUUCCGGCGUCUUCGGGUUGUUGAUAUGAUACGGUGCUGCGGACGGUGGAAGGUGAAAUGGUGGCGGCGGAAAGAGGGCGAGGACUCUGAAGGGAGUGGGAAGGACACGCAACCGAGCUUCUUCUUCGAGUUGAGGACCUUGCAGGCAGCGACGGAUGGAUUCUCGGACAAAAACCGCCUCGGAAAGGGCGGAUUCGGUGCCGUUUACAAGGGGACACUAGCGAAUGGUGAGACUGUUGCGGUAAAAAAGCUGUCAGUGGGUUCAAGGCAAGGAGUAAAGGAAUUUCUGAAUGAAAUUAAGCUGCUACUGAAAGUUCAGCAUAGGAACUUGGUCACUUUGUUGGGUUGUUGCGUGCAAGGACAGGAGAAGAUGUUGGUUUAUCAGUACAUCCCUAAUAAAAGCCUCGAUUACCUUGUUUUUGACAAGAGUAGAAGUGCUAUAUUGGAUUGGGAAAAGCGCUUUAGGAUCAUAGAAGGAGUGGCCAGAGGCAUUCUGUAUUUGCAUGAAGAAUCUCAAGUCAGAAUCAUUCACAGAGAUAUUAAACCAGGCAACAUCUUGUUGGAUGGUCAAUAUAUUCCCAAGAUCUCAGACUUUGGGAUGGCAAGGCUUUUUCCUGAGGAGGAGACCCAUCUAAAUACAUAUAAGAUCUCUGGUACCUAUGGCUAUAUGGCACCUGAAUAUGCAAUGCAUGGGUACUUGUCGGAGAAGUCUGAUAUGUUCAGCUUUGGUAUCCUGACUUUAGAGAUUGUUAGUGGGAGGAAAAAUUAUGUGGCGGACGUGGAUGAGGUGGCUCAAGAUCUUUUGAAUUAUGCAUGGAUACUAUCACAGGAAGGUAAGCAGAUGAAUUUGGUAGAUCAGAAUUUGGGUGAAUGCAAUCAAGAGCAAGUCCUGCUUUGUAUUCAGAUUGGGUUAUUGUGUUGUCAAGCCAAAGUUGAUGCAAGGCCGACAAUGUUCUCUGUUGUUCAAAUGCUUACUUGUGAUUCCUUGAGCCUGCCUAAGCCUGGAAAGCCAGGCCUUCAUGGCAGAAUAGGUGGACUUUUUUCAGAAGCUAGGGCAAGUAAGAAUACCAGUGGUCCUUCCUCUGCAACUAUGUCAUCUAAUUAUUCAAAGAAUGAUAAUUUUUCCUCAGAUUUUUCGAACAUGUCAACUUUGAGUGUCAGAUGAUUGCGUCCUGUACAUCUAUUCAUUCAUUUUUUUUUUACAUAUCUUUUCUUUUGUAUCUAAUUUUAUUUACAAGUAACUUCUCGUGGGUGUUCACCUUGAAGUUUUACAUGGCACAUGCAAUCAUUUUCUUUUCC